AUGGCUAAGGCCAUUCCAAUUGUCAUGCCUAGUACAAACCACAGACUUUGUACAUGGCAUUUGAUGCAAAAUGCUGUGAAGCAUGUGAGUUCCCUCUUUCAAGAUGUUGGGGUAAAGAGUGUCUUUUCAAAAUUUAUGCAUCAAAUUGAUGAUGAAGAAGAAUUCAAAAUACAAUGGGACCAAAUGCUUGAUAGGUAUGAUACACACAACAAUCAUUGGUUGGCGCAAACUUUUGGUGUGAAGGAGAAAUGGGGAUGGCCAUAUAUUAUGAAUUCUUGGGCAGCUGGAAUGAGUACUACUCAACUAAGUGAAUCAUUCAAUGCAUUUUUGAAGGAUUAUCUCAAUUGUGAUCAUAACUUGAUGGAAUUUUUCAAGCAUUUUGAGAGGGUGCUCUAUGGCAAGAGGUAUAAAAAAUUGGAAGCCGAGUAUAAUUUGUGUCAAAAAUUGCCAAGGGUUUCCAUUCCAACUAUGAUGUUAAAGCAAAUGGAAAAUAUUUACACCAAAACAAUUUUUGAGGAAUUCCAAAAUGAGUACGUGCAGUCCAUUGAAGCGUCCAUUGUAGGCACUAUUCAUGAUAGUGAGAGUACCAUAUUCACAAUUCAAACAGAUGUAGAUGAAAAAAAGGAUAAGAAUGUGACAAUGGAUAGAGAUGGUUUUUUGAGUUGUAGUUGCAAAAAGUUUGAAGUGAAGGGCAUAGUGUGUCAACAUUGUUUAAAGGUGCUUAGAGAGAUAAUCAAUGCAAAGGACCUUCCUGCACAAUACAAGAAGAUGGUUCUUUUUCUACUUAUCAAGGUCAAUCUCAACCUUCUUCCGACAUGGGGUGUUUACACUCCACAAGGUCAAUCUCGACCUCCUUUUGCCAUGGGUAGUAAUUAUGUUGAGGGUCAUGGUCGUGCAAUCUAUAUUUCCCAAUCUCGACCUGAAUCCCAAUCUCAACCUUCUUUUGCCAUGGGUCAUACUAAUUAUGUUGAGGGUCAUGGUCGUGCAAUCUAUAUUUCUCAACCUCAAUCCCAAUCUCGACUUGAAUCCCAAUCUCAACCUUCAUUUGCCAUGGGUCGUACAAGUGUUCAUCAUGUCAUGUAUCCUACAUAUGAUGGAAAUAACACGCCUCAGUCAAUGCCGCCUGAUUCAAUGCCUUUAGUGUAUCCCACUCCAACAUCGUUUCAGAAAUUGCUUCGAGAUACUACUGCAAUCCAACUGUUACAAGCCUCACAUAGUCCUGCUGACAGUCAUGUGGAUGGACAUCCCUGGAAGGCUUGCACCAAACGAUGA